UUCAGGGCGAUCCAGGUCCUAUGGCUCCUAAAGAAUCAAAGUCUCCAAAGGCCAAAAAGAGAAAAGAUACAGAUGCAGACCAUGAUUACCCCCGCAAGAAAAAGGUGUCCAGGAAACACAACUCUGACAGCACAGUGAAGAAAAAAGCAGCCAAAAAGCCCACAAAAGCAGCAAAGGAAGAAGAAAAUGGACCUCAAGAAGAAGCCACACCCAGAAGAAGAUCAGCAAACACACCUCAGCAAGAACCGAAAUCCACGUCAGGCAGGAGGAAAAAGAACAAUACAGAGCCAGCUGCAGGUCUGAUUCUAAUAAUACUCCCAUUUUCUGAAAAUAUUAAGAGCCUGAUCUUUGAGGAUCCAAUUCCCACACACUUAUCUGUGUGCGCAAACUAUAAAAUUGCAUGUACUGUUGGUGGACGUGUUGUAUGUGAUCUACUUUGUGCAAUUGAUAGCAGCAAAAGUGGCACAGAUCACCCUAUUUUUGUGUACUAGAAGCAUUAUGUGCCCUUGGAAACACUUCUUUCCCUCUACAUUCAUGUUAUUAUGCUCUCCACACUGGAGGGGGGCUUAUAUUAGAUUAUAGCACAUAUCGAUCAUCUAACACCUUUUCUGCAAUAUAGAAUCACAGUAUGUAUACUAUUUGCAGCAGGAAUGAUCAAACUGCAUAUUGCAAGACAUUUUUUUUAGGAGUUAUACUAAAUACAAAAAAAAAAAACGCAACGCUUUUGUUCUUGUUCCCAAUUUAAAUGAACUCAAAGAUCGAAAACUUUGACUAUAAACACAAAAUACCUGUUCCUCUCAAAUAUUGUUCACAAAUCUGUAUACAUUUGUUAGUGAGCAUUUUUUCUUUGCCAAGAUAAUCCAUCCCACCUGACAGGUGUGCCUUGAGCUGUCCAAAAUAAAAGGCCACUGUGAAAUGUGCAGUUUUAUCACACAACACAAUGCUUCAGAUGUCGCACGUUUUGAGGGAGCGUGCAGUAGGCAUGCUGACUGCAGCAAUGUCCACCAGAGCUGUUGCCCGUCAAUUAAAUGUUUAUUUCUCCGCCAUAAGAAUAGAAUAGAAUAGAAAGUACUUUAUUGAUCCCUGGGGGAAAUUCAGCACCACAGUUCGCUCACAAUAAACAAUGAUAAUAAUAAAUAAUAUAAUAUAUAUGAAUAAUAUAAAUAUAUUCUACAUUUAAGUGCAGUCAAGGAACAUAUGCAUUAUACAGUCUGAUGGCUGUCGGUGUGAAGGACCUCCUGUGUCGUUCCGUGUUGCAUUUUGGGAGUCUGAGCCUUCCACUGAAUGUGCUCAUUCUCUCUGCAAGGUCCGAGUGUAGUGGGUGGGAGGUGUUGUCCAUAAUGGCUAGGAGUUUUGCUAGACUUCUCUCUGACACCACCGCCAGAGAGUCCAGCUCCACUCCCAUCUUGUUACUGGCCUUCUCUACCAACUUGUCCAGUCUGUAUGUGUCCCUCACUCUCAGCCCACUGCCCCAGCAGGCCACGGCGUACAAGAGGGCGCCUGCCACCAGCGACUCGUAGAACAUCUUCAACAUCUUUGUACAGACGUUGAAGGAUCCUAGCCUCCAAAGGAAAUAUAGAUUCGGCUCUGUCCCUUCUUGUAGAGGGCCUCAGCGUGUUUUGACCCAUUCAGCUUGUUGUCCAUGUGUACUCCGAGGUAUUUAUAAUCCUCUACCAUGUCCACAUCCACCCCCUUGAUGGAAAGAGGGGUCGCCAGAGUACUCCUCCUCCUUCCCAGGUCCACAACCAGCUCCUUGGUCUCCGUAACAUUGAGCUGGAGGUGGUUCUUUCCACACCAUGUGACAAAGUCCUCCACCAGUGUCCUGUAUUCCUCGUCAUCACCUUCCUCAAUACACCCCACUAUCGCAGAGUCAUCAGAAAACUUCUGAAGGUGGCAGGACUCUGACUGAUAGUGGAAAUGGGUGGUGUAAAUGGUGUAGAGGAAGGGGGAAGAGUACUGUAGCCUCCGGGGCCCCGGUGUUGCUGACCAGCCUGUCAGACACACAGUCCUGCAGUGGCAUAUACUGUGGUCUGUCAGUCAGGUAAUCUACAACCCAGGACACCAAGGGGGCCUCCACCUGCAUCUUCUCCAACUUCACACCCAGUAGCCCAGGCCGUUUAGUAUAAGCCGCCUCCAAAGGUGUUUCAGAGAAUUUGGCAAUACAUCCAACUGGCCUCACAGCCGCAGACCAUAUUGAUUGGCUGAGACCUGCCACCCGGACAGCUGCUACAACAAUUGGUUUGCUUAACCAUAGCAUUUCUGCACAAACUGUAAGAAACUACCAUGAAUUGAUUAACGUGGACCCCGACUUAAACAAGUUGAAAAACAUAUUGGGGUGUUACCAAUUAGUGGUCAAUUGUACGGAAUAUGUACUGAACUGUGCAAUCUACUAAUAAAAGUAUCAAUCAAUCAA